CGCUUAAGAAAUAUUUUCCCGUAGUUUGAGGCUCGUUGUUUCUGAAAAUGUGAUACGAAAGGGCGGGUGAUUUGGACAGGAACACCGAACGCAGGACGCCAUUGAAGAUAUCAGAAGACACCAACUGCACCAUUCCUAGUGCUUGUCGGAGCAAAGGAUUGACCGCCUUGAAACGAUUUACUUGGGUGAUGUCGUCCAGAUCAUAAGGGGCUGAAGUCAUUUCACUUCGGUUGGUAUAUAUCGCCAGCUGAGAAUUUGAAGAGGUUUCACCUACAAAAUCUACGCUUCUGGUGUCCAAACUGCUUUCACGUCCAGUCCUUCUCCUUCUCCUCUCUCUCUCACACACACCCCUUGUUCGUGCUCUGUUCAUUUUCCUCUGCUGCUUUCUGUUUUCAAUCCAUCUGCGGCAUUCGUUUGAGGUUUCUUAAUUGUGGUCUUUGUUGAGGACUUUCUUUUUCCCCUUGAAGACCACCAACUAAUUCUCGAUGGAGGAGGAAGACCCUGACAUCCACACAACAUCCAGCAAUGAUUCCAAUGAUGAGGUCAUGAGUGAGAUCCACUUGGGCUGCCCUCCUAGCCACAUGGCUCCAUAUAUCUCUCGCUUCAGGCUCUAUUCCCCUCAUUUAAAUGCCACAGGUGAUAGUUUGGGAAGCUUGUGCGCAUCAAUCAUUGAGGACAAAGAAGGCGAUCUUGAUGUUCCUCGUCGUAAGAAUCGAGAUCAACCAACAUCCUGUCCAUUAUUAAUCCAACAUAGAAUUACAUCUUCAAUACCGAGUGUGGGACUGCAGGUCUGGAAAGCAGCAUUUCUAUUGGUUGAUUUCAUCUUACACCAGUUUUUAACAUCAUCAGAUUUCUCAAAUGAAGUUGCGUUAGAACUUGGUUCUGGAACAGGGUUGGUGGGGAUUGUACUUGCUCGAUUUGCCAAGAUUGUCUUCUUAACAGACCGUGAUGCUGAAAUACUUGAUAAUUGUGCAACCAAUGUGCAGUUGAAUAGAGAAUUGUUUAAAUGUGACAAUGUUCUUGUUCGUGAGCUCGACUGGAAGAAGUCAUGGCCACCAAUUGUUGAGUCAUCUGAGAUGAGCUGCAGGUAUGCAUGGAGUUCUUCAGAGAUCCAUAUGGCAGAGCAGGCUUCUCUGCUUUUAGCAGCUGAUGUCAUUUAUUGUGAUGAGCUUACAGAUUCUCUAUUUGAUACUUUAGAAUGUUUGAUGUCAAGAGGUUCAGAGAAGGUUCUGUAUCUGUCCUUGGAGAAACGGUAUAACUUCACUAUUGAUGCGCUAGACACAGUUGCAAAUGGAUAUUUGCACUUUUUGAAGUAUUUGGAAGAUGAAGAAAGCGCAGAAGGAUCUGCAGCUGAACUCAGCCUCAGGUCGGCAUAUUUUGUUGGUAAACGCAUAGACAUCAAACAGAUACCACAGUAUGUGCGAGAAUAUGAGAGAGGGAAUGAUUUGGAGAUUUGGCAGAUUAGGUAUGUUAGGUCUAUGACCACAUGAGUGUGAUUAUAUUAUUUUUGAUUUUAUAAAAGGUUAGUUGUUCAUAUUCACCUUUAAGGCUUGUCAUAAGGAGUGAAAAGCCUUUUGGCAGUUUGUGACUGGAACAGUACCGUUCUCUUCCCACAUUAGUGAACUUUUGCUAUCUACGUGAAAGGCUGUAAACUUAUGCAUA